AUGGCGACAUUCGCGAGAAAUGGUUGUUCGCAGCUGUCCCCCGCGGAACGGGCAUCAAUUUUAUCAGCUCUCGACGAGUACAGAAACGCGCUGAUCAUUUACCACAGCACUCUGAACGAACCACUGAAACACGAUGUUGACUGCAUUUAUUCCAAUACCGAUGACUUGGAAAUAUCGAGUGAGCAACUCAGUCCCGACGAGAUCGCGAAAAUCAAAGAUCUAGAAGGAGAAGCUGCUGCGUCCGCGAAACUUUACGAAACCAGCUCGUGUAUAAGAAACAUUCUAGAGGAGCUGAAAGAAGAGAUACGCAAACGGGGAACGUUCAAAGUGUUGACCAAUGAGGUCGAAAAGUUGAUCGCGCGCGAAAAAGAGGAAAGAUUUAUCAUCGCAGAAAGCGAAAAGUUGGCAAAUGUCGCGGCAGAGUUGCAGAAAACGGACGACGACGACGACGACGACGACGACGACGACGACGACGAGAGGAUCGUCGAUGAAGAGAAGCAAAAGGAUAUAGUAAAGAAACUCGCCGAGGAACAGAGAGACGUAGAGAAAGAGAAAUUAAUUGCGGACGUGGAGCUGAAAUAUGUUACCGCCUGGGAAAAAGCUAGAUACGAGCAGAACGCGUUGCGCGGUGACAUGGAAAUAGAAAAGUUGCAAGGGAUAUUAAACGACUGCCGCGUUCGCGAAAGAAACGACCAGCGCGUUCACAACAAACUCACGAAAUUUCUAAUCCAACAAACGGUGUCUUUCAAAGAGAAAUCCAAAGAAUUGGAAAAACGAUACGUUCGAGAGAAGGAAAUGUAUGAGAAAGAGAUUCGCCAGCUACGCUGGGAGAUCAAGUCUCGUCGAAAGGAAUUGGAAGAACUUAAAGAAGAGUAUCGCCAUAACCAGAAAUUCAUAGACACGUACCUGGCGGAAAAGGAAGCGCUGAGGAAAGAAAAGGAGCAGAAGGAACGCGCGCGAAUAAGCGCAAUCAGGAUUCAAGCUUGGUGGCGAGGUGUUAUGGUGCGCCGGAAGUUGGGACCGUAUCGACCUGAAGAGAAAAGAAAGAAACGAUCGGUUAAAACAAAAAAAUGA